CAGGUAACAUCGAAAGGUGCUGGCUUAAACCCGAACGCCAAAGUGUGGCAAGAAGUACCCCAAGGGAGCGGUGAGGCGGUGCCGCCGACAAAUGGCGCAGAGCACUCGUGGCAAGAAACAGCGGCUGCACAGGGGACUCAUCCCGAGGGUAACAUAGAGAUUUCAGAAGAUAGCUGCAAGCAAUAUGAAGUGAUGUAUUCCCCAUCUUGUGAAGCCUCAAGAAAUGGCACAGGAGUUGAUGAAGCAUCUGCAAAUGGCAUUGUCCUUGCAACUGAAGAUCUUGGAUACCAAAUCUAUGAAGUGUCUGGUGAAGGCGGCUCCACUGUGUCCACAGAAGACAUUAGAGAAUGUUUGAAAAAACAGCUUGAAUUCUGCUUCUCACGUGAGAAUCUUUCAAAGGAUCUCUACUUGAUGUCGCAAAUGGAUAGCGAUCAGUUUGUUCCAAUAUGGACAGUUGCCAACAUGGAAGGUAUUAAGAAGCUGACAACUGAUAUGGACCUUAUUCUUGAAGUCUUGAGAUCUUCUCCUAUGGUACAAGUGGAUGAGAGAGGGGAGAAAGUCAGACCAAACCACAAACGAUGUAUUAUCAUCCUCCGCGAGAUCCCCGAAACAACACCUGUAGAGGAGGUUAAGGCUCUGUUUAAAAAUGAAAACUGCCCCAAAGUGAUAAGCUGUGAGUUUGCUCACAACAACAACUGGUACGUUACAUUCCAGUCGGAUACAGACGCACAACAGGCGUUUAAAUACUUAAGGGAAGAAGUGAAAACCUUUCAGGGCAAGCCAGUAAUGGCAAGGAUAAAAGCCAUCAACACAUUUUUUGCUAAGAAUGGUUACCGGGUAGUGGAUUCCAGUGUCUACACUCAGCCAGUUCAAACACAAGCACAGUUUGCCUCCCCACUGUUUAUGCAGCCUGUAUAUAGUCCUCAGCAGUACUCUAUCUACAGCAUUGUGCCUCAGACGUGGUCUCCAAAUCCUGCACCUUACUUUGAAACACCGCUGGCCCCCUUUCCUAAUGGUGGAUUUGUGAAUGGCUUUAAUACACCAGGAUCGUAUAAAACAAACGCUGCUUCUUUGAGUAUAGGUCGCCCAUUCCAUAGAAAUCGCGUGAAGCCGCACUUCCGAUCGUCGAGCAGCUCCGAACACCCUGCGGAGGGUCCAGCCGCCGUCGGCACCGUGCCACUGGGGGACGGGCCGCUGAGCAGAACCAACUCCAGGAGUUUUGUUAUGGAGCGACACAGCAGUCCCUUAACUGGGCAGCAAGACCAAGGUUAUUCCCAGAAGGAUUCUCCCACCGCACAGAUGGAGCAGAAUGGAGAUUAUGGCAUUGGCAGGGGCAGGAGGAACGUUUUCAGAGGUCGGAGGAGACGAGAAGAUGACCGCGUUUCAAGACCUCAGCCUUCAGCAGAAACAAAGACUCAGACACCAAAGUUUGACUUGCUAGCAUCAAAUUUCCCACCUUUGCCUGGCAGCACAGCAAAAAUACCAGGAGAGCCUGUGCUGGAGAGCAGGAUGUCCGAUAUCGUUAAAGGAGUCUGCAAAGAAAAGGAAAGCAAAGAUUUGCUGCCCACUUGUCCAGCUCCUGCUCAGGAAGAACAGACGCACAGCACUGUGCAGCAGCCUGUGACAAGCGUGAGUUCACCAAGUCAGACUGAAGCCGUGGUGUUAAGCAGCACGGUUCAGCCAGACAGCAAACCAGAAGAAGUGUCCGCUCAGAAAGACGUUACAAGCCAGGCUUCCCCACCAGUGUCUGUGUCUCCUGUCAGUGCUGCAAAGCCACCGAGGACAAAUGCCACUUCACCCCCUGCCAGCGCGAGUGCAGCUCCUGCUUUGUUGGCGCAGGAGCCGCGCAAGCUGAGUUACGCCGAAGUUUGCCAGAAGCCCCCUAAGGAGCCUCCUCCAGUUCCUGUUCAGCCUCUUAGGGAACAUCGCACCAACAUAGUGUCCCCUGCCAAAAAUGAAGAAAACGGCGCACCUGAGAAGGCUCCGGAGAAGGCUCAUGACAAGGUUGAAGGUCGAAUGAAGGAUUAUUCCGGGUUCCGAGGCAAUGGGCCUCCCCGGGGAGCCGCUGAAAAUCAGGGAACAGAGGCGCCAAUUUGGACGCAGAUCAUCGCCUCAGGGAGCACCGCGACGCGUCGGCAAGGAGCAGUACGUGCCACCCCGGUCACCAAAGUAACACUUGUCCAGCCAAUUUCUCUAUUUAAUUUGAGCUGUGGACUAAUAAACAGCAAAGGAAACUGUGAGAGAGGAGUAUUCAUGAAGGGGAAUACUGAACUGGAGCGUGGCUUGUGUGGAGAAGUUGUGGAGGGUCCCAAAAUUCAUCUCUAAAAGUGAUUUCACAAAUGCUGGAGGAUUCCAAUCAAUAUAAAUAUAGAGAUUAUAAUUUUUGUAUUUUUGUUUUUAAUUUGCAGAGGGUUUCCUGCUUGAAAUCAGUUUUGGGGUUGUGAAACUAGCAUUUUGACAAAGUGAGAGAAUAUGGAUUGACAAAUUAACCUGUCCCUCAGCGUAGGAGGAAAAGGAUAAGAGAAUAUUAUUUUUGAAAAAUGAGCGUUUCUGUAAAAUUAGAACUUUUUUUAACCUAUUUAACAUUUGGCUUGUCGGAUGAUGUGUCUGCCAUCGAUGGCCUUGCAUUGCGGAGCACGUCUGCGGCCGAGGUGCUUGGUCGGCGUGAGUGGAAUGAGUGCAGCCAGAUACUGUUGUCAUGACUUAGUCACUGAUGAUAAAAACUGAAUGUACUACUGUAGUAAACUUUGUGUUUCCAGCUUGAAGUAUAGUCUCUUGACCUUACGAAUAAACCAUUCAGUGAGCUU